AUGCCUGCGCGUGGCCCUCCGUCCCCGGCCACGCAACCCGCCAAGCGACAGAGACAGUCCUCCUUUGACGAUGGCUCACCGCGCAACGGCCAGACGAGUCCCAACGACCAGCAUCCCGACGGCGCCUCCUCCACAGCUGCGUCGAUAGCUGCUUCCAAGGCGGGGCAGAGUAGCAAUUUUCGCAACGUCAGCGCCUGCAAUCGCUGCCGCCUGCGCAAGAACCGAUGCGACCAGAAGCUUCCCAGCUGCGCCAGUUGCGCCAAGGCCGGCGUCGCCUGUGUUGGCUAUGACCCUAUCACUAAAAAAGAAAUCCCACGCAGUUAUGUCUUCUAUCUCGAAACCCGAGUUGAGCAGCUCGAGAACCUGCUAUCCUCCAACAACAUCCCUUUCCCACCCGCCGAGAAUCUCGAAAUAUGCUCUCGCCCAGGAACCGACACCGCUAGUAUAAACUCCACCGCUGACACGGGUUACUCGGGCCAGUCUGAGGUUGGCGAUCGGGGUAUGAUGAGGCCCCAGAGCCAGGCGGUCGAAUCGCUCAAACCAAAGAAACCAGGCCAGGGCCCCGGCUUCCUCAAUAUUGUCAGCCCUUCGAAGCCGCGAUCGCUGGCAUCAGCCUCUGGCGUGUCCUUUGCUCGAGUUGUCUUCGCUGCUGUACAGUACUCCGUCUCGGGUCAGACGGGUGCGACUGAUCGUCCAGGCUCACGCCAACCCGCCGGAAAUGGAACGUCCCUUCGCGAUUCCUUCUUUGGCCUCCAUACGCGCCCGACCAUUAAGCCGGCGACCUUCCCGGACAAGGAGGUUGGCUUAAGGUUGGUGAGGCUCUAUUUUGAGCAUUCCAACCCCCAGAUCCCGAUUCUGCACCGAGGCGAGUUUAUGCAGACUUUUGAGCGGGUCUAUGCAACCCAAGAUCCGGCCCGAGGGUCGCGGGAGCUCUAUUUGCUCAAUAUGGUCUUCGCUAUCGGUUGCGGUGUUAUUGUUGGCGAGCCGGUCAAGACGGAAUCUUCGGGUGAUUCGUCGUCUAUGAGCAUCGAUCAAGUGCGAAACCACAGUGCCCCAGAGGAGUAUCAUGCAAGCGCCAUUGUUCACCUGGAGUCGUGUUUGAGCAACAGCGGUGGAGGACUAGAGGUGUUGCAAGCGGUUCUCUUGCUUGCCAACUUCGCCUUGCUUCGCCCUGUGCCGCCUGGUCUAUGGUACAUCAUUGGAGUUGCUGUGCGUUUAGCGGUCGACCUGGGAUUGCAUUAUGAGGACGAGAGAGACAUGGACAGUGCGAUACCCGAUGCUUCCGAAGCUGAUGGGCCCGAAGCAGCUGGAUCGCGAGAGAACGGUAUGCAUAGUCGCGGACGACGGUUGUGGAUUCGCGACAUGAGACGACGCCUCUGGUGGUGCACGUACUCGUUAGAUCGCUUGGUGAGCACAUGUGUUGGCCGGCCGUUCGGUAUUAGCGAUCAGGUCAUCACAACCGAGUUCCCCUCGUCGUUGGACGACGAGUACAUCACGCCGACGGGGUUCCUGGAUCCACCUACGGACCAGGUUCAGCCAAGCUACAAGCAUGUCGCGCACCAUUACUUCCGCCUGCGGCUGCUGCAGUCGGAAAUCCUUCAGGUGUUGCAGUACAACCAGACGCAGAUUGUCAAGGCCGGGAUACAGAGCAAGGGCACGCACAUCCAUCUUCCCUCCCCGUUUCUUGUCCAGUUCGAUUCCUUCAGGUCUUGGCGCAUCGACAUUGAUAGGCGCCUGUACCAAUGGAAGACAUCUGCGCCGACGAGGCUGGAGACUGGUGUCAUGUUUUCGACCGAGUUCCUGGAGCUCAACUAUUGGCAGGCCAUCAUCAUGCUAUACCGCCAAAGCCUCAGCGUGCCUGCCAUGUUCGAAGGGGAAUACAACACUUCGACCGAAGUCAACAGUCCGACGGCCUUCCAGGCUGAACUGCGGGAAGACGAGGACCGGAUAUAUCUCAAGGUUGCUGAAGCCGGCCAGAAGAUUCUUCGACUAUACCGACAGCUUCAUCUCAGCGGCCUCGUCAGCUACACCUACCUCUCUACCCACCACCUGUUCAUGGCGGGCAUUUCGUACCUCUAUGCCAUCUGGCACUCACCCAUUGUGCGAAGUCGUUUGACGAUGGAUGAGGUGGACUUUACCAUCCUAGCAGCUAAAUCUGUACUGAGCGACAUGAUGGAUAAGUGUCCACCUGCGGAAACGUGCCGAGAUGCCUUCGAUCGAACGGCAAAGGCCACCAUCAAGAUGGCCAGCUCCACCGGCGGGUUUGGCGUGCCCACAAAUCAGUCACGACGAUCGCGUCGUGAGCAAUCAGCCUGGAAUACAACUCCCGACUCAUCCAAGGGCUCAACGCAGACGCGUCACCGACACCACAGCUCUGAUCAUGCAUCGUACCAGUUCGAUCUGGCGCUUUCGGACUCGCUUUCAUCGCCGACCCUGUCUGUUACCGGCGAUGUAACCGCUCAGCCCUCACCUCCUCUUCCAAGGACCGCAGACGGAUACAUGAUGAAGCCGAGAAGCCGCGGGGGUCCUAGUCCGUCCGAUAUGGGUGUCAAGCAAGAUGGAUCCCCUGUCGACUCCUCCGUGGUCCCGUCGCCGCCUGUGUCACGCCGGGUGACGUCGCAGCCAUCGACGACCGGCAGCUCGUACGCCGGUCAGCAGCAACAACAGUUCAGCGGGCCGGGCUCGGUAGAUUACCCAGACGCGCAGACAAUGGAAUUCCUCCAGAACCUCGGUGCCACGUCCAACGGGGAGUUCGGGAACCUCGACCAAUCCCAGGUGGAUCUCGGGUUCGGCAUGAACUGGGAGGGGCUUCAUCACGACUUCAGUGACGGGCAACAGAUGAACCCCUUUGACACAUUCUUCUUCGGAGGCCAGCAGGGCAGCAACGGCUCUGGGCCAAACAACGACGGAGGUAUGGGCUUGUAA